ACUAGAAGCAGGUGGCUGAACAGUAUGAAUCCAGUCAUGUACCCCCUCCCACUUGUUUUGAGCAAACAAAGUCGGCGGGGUUUGUUGUCCAGGACUCGCCCCCUUACUCUAAUAACAGACUGGUGCCUGAUGGGUACACUUGGCCUCAUCCUGCUCUUCAGCCUGGCCUCAAGCCAGAAGAUGGACCCUUCCAAACACCCCAUAGUCACCACCAACUAUGGCAAGCUCAGAGGCAUCAAGAAGGACUUGAACAAUGAGAUUUUAGGCCCCGUGGAGCAGUACCUGGGUGUACCCUACGCCACAGCACCCAUCGGCGACCGCCGCUUUCAGCCGCCCGAAGCUCCGGGGUCCUGGCAGGAGAUCCGCAACGCCACGCAGUUCGCCCCCGUGUGUCCUCAGAACGUCCACGGGGUGCUGCCCGAGAUAAUGCUGCCGGUGUGGUUCACGGACAACCUGGAUGUGGCGGCGGGAUACAUCCAGAACCAGAGCGAGGACUGCCUCUACCUCAACGUCUACGUGCCCACAGAGGACGGUCCGCUCACAAAAAAACAUGAUGAAUCUUCAAUGAACAAGCCUCGAGACGAAGAUAUUCGUGACCGCAGGAAGAAGCCUGUCAUGCUGUUUAUUCAUGGAGGCUCCUACAUGGAAGGCACCGGAAACAUGUUCGACGCCAGCGUCCUGGCUGCCUACGGUAACGUGAUAGUGGUGACCAUGAACUACCGGCUCGGUGUACUCGGCUUCCUCAGUACUGGUGAUCAGUCUGCCAAGGGAAACUAUGGCCUCCUGGACCAGAUUCAGGCCUUGCGCUGGCUCAAUGAGAACAUCGGCCACUUCGGCGGAGACCCAGAGAGGAUCACCAUCUUCGGCUCCGGAGCUGGGGCGUCCUGCGUCAACCUCCUUAUCCUGUCGCACCACUCGGAGGGUCUUUUCCACAGGGCCAUAGCCCAGAGUGGAACGGCCAUCUCAAGCUGGUCCGUCAACUACCAGCCCCUCAAGUACACCAAGAUCCUUGCCCGAAAGGUGGGCUGCACCUACACGGAGACGGCCGACUUGGUUGACUGCCUGAGACGCAAGAACUUCAGGGAGCUGGUGGACCAGGACAUCCAGCCAGCCCGCUACCACAUUGCCUUUGGCCCUGUGGUGGAUGGUGACGUGGUGCCCGAUGAUCCUGAGAUCCUCAUGCAGCAGGGGGAGUUCCUCAACUAUGACAUCCUAAUAGGAGUGAACCAAGGAGAGGGGCUGAAGUUUGUGGACGACAGCGAGGACAACGACGGCAUCUCAGCCGCUGCAUUUGACUACACCAUCUCUAACUUUGUCGACAACCUCUAUGGAUACCCUGAAGGAAAAGACAUCCUGAGGGAGACCAUUAAGUUCAUGUACACCGACUGGGCAGACAGGGACAAUGGCGACAUGCGAAGGAAGACACUGUUAGCUCUGUUUACUGACCACCAGUGGGUGGCGCCAGCAGUGGCCACUGCCAAACUCCAUGCUGAGUUUCAGUCCCCGGUUUACUUUUACACGUUCUACCACCACUGCCAGACCGAGACGCGACCCGAAUGGGCCGACGCCGCCCACGGAGAUGAGAUACCGUACGUAUUUGGUGUGCCCAUGAUCGGAGCCACAGAUUUGUUUCCGUGCAACUUCUCGAAGAAUGAUGUGAUGUUGAGCGCCGUGGUCAUGACUUACUGGACCAACUUCGCCAAGACUGGGGACCCCAACCUGCCAGUCCCUCAGGACACCAAGUUCAUUCACACCAAGCCCAACCGUUUUGAAGAGGUCAUCUGGACCAAGUUCAACUCGAAGGACAAGCAGUACCUCCACAUUGGCUUAAAACCUCGUGUUAGAGACAACUACAGAGCCAAUAAGGUGGCCUUCUGGCUGGAAUUAGUUCCCCACCUCCACAGUCUACAUGAGGUGCUCUUCCCCACCACUACCCGCUCACCGCCAGGCCCUCGCCCGGGCACCUCCGGACCCUGGCACAGAACACCGGGCCCGCGCACCACUCGUCAUCCCUACCCCACAUUUCCCUCUGUUACAGAGCCUGAGGGUUCAGAGCGUCCACACCAGGACCUCUUCCCUGGAGACACUCGAGACUAUUCCACGGAGCUGAGUGUGACAGUUGCUGUGGGGGCGUCGCUCCUCUUCCUCAACAUCCUUGCGUUCGCAGCUCUUUACUACAAGCGUGACAAGCGGCACGAGAUGCGGCGCCACCGGCUGUCGCCUCAGCGGGGUGGCCCUGCCAACGACCUGGCUCACAGUCAGGAGGAGGAGAUCAUGUCUCUGCAGAUGAAGCAUUCAGAGCACGAUGCUCACCACGACAUGGAGCCUCUCCGGCCCCACGACAUCCUACGGCCUGCCUGCCCACCUGACUACACGCUGGCACUACGCCGUGCCCCCGACGACGUGCCACUGAUGACACCUAACACCAUCACCAUGAUCCCCAGUACCAUCACCAGCAUGCAGCCUCUUCAUGCCUUUAACACCUUCCCCUCCACUGGCCACAACAACACCUUGCCCCACCCCCACUCCACAACCAGGGUAUAG